AUGACAACCUCCCAAAAGCACCGAGACUUCGUGGCAAAGCCCAUGGGGGAAAAGCCAGUGGGGAGCCUGGCCGGAAUUGGUGAAGUCCUGGGCAAGAAGCUGGAGGAAAGGGGCUUUCACAAGGCCUACGUGGUCCUUGACCAGUUUCUGGUGCUAAAGAAAGAUGAAGACCUCCUCCGGGAAUGGCUAAAGGACAGCAAUGCCAAGCAGUCCCAGGACUGCUUUGGGUGCCUUCGAGAGUGGUGCAAUGCCUUCUUCUGA